UCUAGGUGAUUCCUGCGUGUGACCUAACACGUCCUCCAGAUUUAGUUUGUGAGCUAGGACGUGUAUCUUGACUGUCGGUGUCAUCUUUAGGUCGUUUUAGAGGUUAUAAUCAUGGUUUUUGAAAACAAAAUGAUCAAGUACGACGACCCCGACGAUGAGGAGGAGGCACCGGCAGAGGACGAGGAAGAGGCAGAAGGAGGAGAUGAAGAAGAGGAGGAGGAGGAGGAGGAAGACAUGGUGGACCCCUUAGAGACGAUACGGGCCAAGUGCGAGCAGUCGGAGCACUGCGCCCACACGCAUCACCGGCUGGAGGCCUGCGAGCAGCGCGUGUCCUCCAGGGACGCCACCGAGGAGGACUGCACCGAGGAGCUGUUUGAUUUCCUACACGCACGGGAUCACUGUGUAGCACACAAGCUCUUCCAUAGCGUGAAAUGAACCUCUCUCCACCUACCACCACCCCCGUCAGUUCCAUUAUUGUGUCCCAGCUGUGGAAUAAUUAUUUAAAUGCUUAAUGCUAAGAUUGUAUGUAUGUGCUGUCCAGAGAACACUUGAGGAAAAACACAGCUAUAGUUACGUAUUCAUAUGAAUAAAAGUAUGAUUCUUGUUAA